UCAGAAUACAGAUGUCAGUAGCAUUAACGUGGUUGUUAAUUACUUGGCAGUGUGUUUUUUGGCCAUAUUGAUAGCGACAUCCGUGUAGGACGGACGCAUGAACCGUAUCGCUGUGUGUGGAGCGUUAAUAUUGUGUGAGUAAAGAUCGGAUAUGCCGCUUGCAAUUCUGACAGACCCAUGGCAACGGGUUCCAGUCAAAGAAGACGAGCAAAUGGAGUGUCUAGGUCCAUUUCUGGACUAAGGAUUUACUCUGCAACUAGUACGGAAGAAAUGGUCGUAGAUGACCCGACUGAGAACCAUAAUACACAAGAAAAUCAAAACCAGCACAAUAGCAGAGAAAAUGAUAAUGGAGAAACUCACGAGUUUGAGUUGAAGGAAGUAGUAAAAGAAGGCCAUGAGAAAGCCGACCCCAGUCAGUUUGAGCUCCUGAAAGUCCUUGGACAAGGAUCGUUUGGAAAGGUGUUCCUUGUCAGGAAAGUUGUUGGAAAAGACACUGGAACCCUGUAUGCAAUGAAAGUACUAAAGAAAGCAACAUUGAAAGUGAGGGACCGCAUGCGCACAAAAACUGAAAGGAACAUACUUGUGGAUGUACGUCAUCCUUUUAUUGUUAGACUGCAUUAUGCAUUUCAGACCGAAGGAAAACUGUACCUGAUUUUGGACUUCCUUAGAGGGGGAGAUCUGUUCACUAGACUGUCUAAAGAGGUGAUGUUCACAGAAGAAGAUGUCAAAUUUUAUUUAGCAGAAUUAGCUCUUGCACUGGACCACAUCCAUAGCUUAGGGAUAAUUUAUCGGGAUCUAAAACCAGAGAACAUAUUGUUGGAUGCAGAUGGACACAUAUCACUGACUGACUUUGGGCUGAGUAAACUUCCUCUUGAUGACCAAAAAGCAUACUCUUUCUGUGGAACAGUGGAGUAUAUGGCUCCAGAAGUUGUCAAUCGAAAGGGGCAUUCAUUUGCAGCUGACUGGUGGUCACUCGGAGUCCUUAUGUUUGAGAUGCUAACAGGAACACUACCAUUCCAAGGACCUAACAGGAAGGAUACAAUGACACAAAUUUUGAAAGCCAAGCUUGGAAUGCCUCAGUUUCUUUCACCAGAAGCACAAUCAUUGCUGAGGGCACUGUUCAAGAGGAAUCCUGUUAACAGAUUGGGUGCUGGUCCUGAUGGAGUUGAAGAAAUCAAAGCCCAUGCAUUCUUUGCAACGAUAAACUGGGAAAAACUUCUAAAGAAAGAAAUACAGCCUCCCUUCAAACCAGCAGUGAGUCGAGCAGAUGAUGCAUUUUACUUCGAUAAAGAAUUUACAUCAAAAACACCUAAAGAUUCUCCUGGAGUUCCACCUAGUGCCAAUGCUCAUGAACUCUUCCGUGGCUUCAGCUUCAUUGCUCCAGGUCUUCUUGAAGAACAGACCAAUAACUCUACAAAUGAAAAAUUUUCUGAGGGAUCAGUUCUCAAGCAGUCACAUGUCAAGCCAAAUUCCAUAACAGAUGAGUAUGAACUUAAAGAGACCAUUGGAACUGGCAGCUAUUCUGUUUGCAAAUUGUGUAUUCAUAGGGCAACGGGUACUGAAUAUGCUGUGAAGAUUAUUGAUAAACUGAAGAAGGACUGCCAAGAAGAGGUAGAUAUUCUGUUGCGCUGGGGACAUCAUCCAAAUAUAGUUACACUGCGGAAUGUGUAUGAAGAUGAACGGUCAGUGUAUCUCGUAAUGGAGCUGAUGCGUGGCGGAGAAUUGCUUGAUAGGCUGUUUCAACACAAAUUUUUCUCGGAGAGGGAAGCCAGUGCUAUCAUGAAUAUUAUAGUUACAACAGUGCAAUAUCUUCAUCAGCAUGGUGUAGUACACCGUGAUCUGAAGCCUUCUAACAUUCUGUAUGCAAAUGAUUCGUACACUCCAGAAUCAUUGCGCAUUUGUGAUUUUGGCUUUGCCAAGCAGAUGAGAGCAGAGAACGGUCUUCUCAUGACUCCCUGUUACACUGCAAAUUUUGUUGCACCGGAAGUGUUGAAACGUCAAGGAUACGAUGCUGCAUGCGACAUUUGGUCACUAGGAGUAUUGUUGUAUACUCUGUUAGCUGGGCAUACACCAUUUGCAAACCAGCCAACUGAUUCUCCAGGAGAGAUCUUACGAAGGAUUGGUGAAGGAAGAUUUGACUUAGAAUCAGGAAACUGGAUAUCAGUAUCAGUGAAGGCCAAGGACUUGGUGCAGAAAAUGUUACACCUUGAUCCCAGUAGACGGCCAACUGCAGCACAAAUUUUACAGCAUGAUUGGAUUCAAAAUAGAAACCUCCUUCCAACUCAUCGGCUAAUCUUUCAGGAAGCACAUGUUGUUAAGGGAGCGAUGGCAGCAACAUACAGAGCUGUUAGCCAGAAACCACGGUCUCCUAAUUUGGGUCCUGUAGUUAUGUCGGAGCUUGCCCGUCGCAGGAGGAAGUCGCGACCAAAAUCAUCAACUGAAGUGUGAGGUCUGUCUUGCAGGACAGAUGCCCAACAUGUUUUUGAAUAGUAGCAUAUUUGGGUAAACCCAGAAACCUGAAGGAAGUGUAUGUGUAUAAUUUUCAAUCAAACAGUAGAGAGUUAUCAAAGCCUAAUGUCACUGGACUGUGGCUUUCUCAUGGAGGAGGGAGUGUUUCAGUGCUGUAUAAUCUCUUUCCAGGCACAAUGUUUCUGAGAGUGAUGUUUGCAAUGUGUGUUUUCAUUUUUUAAAAAGUUUUAUUCUACUCAGUAUGUAAUACAUUAUCUGCUAGAACAUGUUGUUAAGGACAGUGUCUGGCACUGUUCUUGCAAUUUUCUAUCCUGUUCUCUAAAUAAAAUACAUUUUUAUUACAAAACCCAGAUCAAUUUUAGAUGUGUAAUGUUAAAAAGUGUAAACCUUAUUUUUCAUAUGUGUCAGGGGAAAAACUGUGUGUCCAAUAUAUACAUGAGGACCAUGGUGCUGUGAAAUUGUAUUGCAAGUAUCUUAGUAUUGUGUUGAAUGUGGCCCUUGUGUGUAAUUAUUACAUAUUGUAGUUGUCAAAUGUGUGCAUAAUAUACAUUUAUUAGAGCAUUACAAUUGAGUUAAUUGGCUUUUAGACUGGUAAAAAUUGAAAGAUUAUACUUUCAUGCUUAAGGCUGUGAAAAGCAGUCUUUGUUUUAUCUGUAUAUAUUUUGUUCCCUGUUUACCAUUGUUAAUGUGAAGCUAGAAGAAGUACUGUUUGCCUGAAAUGAUUGUUAUACUUGUGUAUCUGUUAGUCAUGUGAAUAAUACAAGUGCUGAUCUCCUAUAUGUACCAUAAAGAAGUAGAAUUUUGUUUUGCUAGGGGAAUACUUAGUUUGUUUGACUUUAGUUAGCCAGCAUAAUUUUGUGUGUGUGUCAUAGCAGUAGUUUUAAGUUCUUCCAUACCAACUGUUAAUCGCUACUGUUCGUGAAGGUUCCCUGUUGUUAAGUACUUCCAAAUAAAAUGCAGAAGAUUGUAGCCACUUUGAUUUACUGCAGGAGUGUGUCUCAACAGCAAAGCAAACUGGCCUCAUUUCUUUCUUAUUUCAUGUUCUCCUUCUCUACUCGGUGCAAUGCAUGCGAUAAUACAUUUUACUUACUUGAAUUCAGAUAUGAAAAAGUGUAAUGACUGAUGUAUAGUGGUUUUGCUUUGGGAUUGCUGCACAUUAUUUAUUACUCAGAACACUGGAAAAAAUAUUCUGAAAGUAAUUUCACUGAGUCGAGUCAACACUGCAAAUGGGAAAUUUUCUGCAUUAGGGAAGUUCUUAAAUUUUAGUGAGUGAUAGCAGUUUUAAUGUCUAAAGCACAAUACAAAUGUUGUCUAAAUGUCACCAGUGCUUUCUAUAAUAAAUUUAUCUACAAAAAGUUUAAUAUUGUUGAUGAAAUAUAUUGAAAGUUGAAAGAGAAAUAAUAUAAAAUUAAUCUAUUUUGGACCUUAUUUUUAAUAUGUCACAGAUUGUAGCAUACACAUGUAGAAAAACUUCAUUUUUAUGAAGCAUUCUUACAGUAUUCUGUUCCUAACUUCUAUAUAUAUCACUUUGUGUAACAAUUUUUAAAAGUAGAGUUGUGGGAGCUCCCACUUCAACACUAUCAAAAUUGAAGAAAGAGGAAAAUCUUCACACCAAAGCUAUUUUUCAUUCAGUUUUCAUUGUUAAUUUACUAAAUGACUUGCACUGAGGCUGUUUGUUUUUGUUUUUGUGUCAGUGCGUAAGUCCGGCUUUUCAGCAGUUGAGCUAGACACAUGGUUUCAUCUGUGUAUUGCCUAUAUACUCCCAGUUUAAAGCAAAUGCCCCUAAAUAAAUUACAGUAAAGUUAUAAUAAUGUUAAUAAUAAUAGUAAUAAUUAUAAUUAUAAAAACGUGUAGUGUUCAUGAUGUAUGAGUUAUUAGAUAACUAGCACUGCUAAGUGUAUUCACUAAAAUAAAAUAAUUGUUAUUAAAAAUGUGCAGGAAAGAAUUGUACUCAAAAAACCAUUCAGUCAUUGUGCUGUAACCUUUUUUGAUGUGUGAUUCUGUCAUGUAGAACAUGCUUAUAAGUAAUUGCCUUUUAUAUUUUGUGCUUUUGCCAUUUCAUUGUUUUGUUUAUAUAAAGCACACACUAGUCUCUCUCUCUCUCUCUCUCUCUCUCUCUCUCUCUCUCUCUCUCUCUCUGUGUGUGUGUGUGUGUGUGUGUGUGUGUGUGUGUGUGUGUGUGUGUGUGUGUGUGUGUGUGUGUGUGUUUUAUGUUCUGUUCUGACCUGUGUAAUAUAUUUCAGUUUUUUUUCCCAUGUAAUACAAGUAUUUUACUUCAGUUGAACUUAGCCAAAGCAGAUGAUUGCCAAGAAUUCAAGAAUGAGUAAAUAUCAUUGUGCCAAAACAAAUUGCACAUCUUCUCUAACUCUUUUUAUACCUUUACUACCAUUCACACUAAGACUUUUGCAUUUGUCAGUUGGUUGGCAUGCAAGUGCCUCAAAAUAUUUCUUUUAUAUGUCACAUGCUGCUUGUAGUUAUCCUGUGAGAGUCAUACUCAGAACAUUUUAAUAAUAGACUAACUAUAUUUGCAACUAGUUAUCUUCGUCAGUAGUAGUAUAAAGUCCCAUUGUGUGUCUGCCAUAAACUACGGCAUUGUGUCUUAAAGGGCUGUAGAGUUAAUCUUAAGGUAUAAUACUAACACAUAUUAGAGAGAAGAAAAAUUUUGUUAUAAGUUACGGAAUAAAAUGGAAGAAAGAUGAAAUUAACAGAUUCAGUAAGAAAAAUUUUAUUGUAUGAUAUAUGUCACAGUGUAAAGACUAAAUUGUCAAAGACAUUAUCUAUAACAAAAUCCUGAUAUCUGUGUUUUAAGUAGUACUUCUACUGUAAUUUCAGUUUAGUGUUCAUACAUCUUCUCCUUCAUUUUUUCUUAAUAUUUGUGUGUGUCUUAUCAAAUAGUUUCAGUUACAGUACACUCUGAUGUCCAUAAAUGUAUGCAAAUCUGUUUAAAGUAAUUGUCCAUUUAGUAGUGUCCAAAGCCUACCCUCGUCCAAGAGUUGGCUGUUGCUGAUGUACAAGAUGAUUUAAUCCAUUGUAGAAUGCUGUAUAAGUGUGUGACAAAAUGUUGUUGUUGACUGACCUGUUAUAAAAUAGAAUAUAAAUGGCAAAGAUGAUAUAAAAAUUAAAAAUUAUUUUAUGGUUAA